AUGUGUCUUCUAGAAUACUGUUUUAGGGACUUAGUUUUGUUAAUUUUGAGUGGACCUCGGGAAGAAAUUCAACAUCUUUCUACAGAGAUAGAAAAAUCCGGUAUGGUUGGGGAUGAUUCUAUAUCAGUAUUUGAGAUGAAAGAUGCAACUGGAAUUCUCCUCUUGGAAACAGGAGAAAAUAUAUUGGAUCUAAUUCUGAAUAUGCAGAAACAUAUGAAAAACGUCAGUAUCUUGAGUCCAGAGUCCAGAGAAUACAUUGUAUUUAAUGUGUUUACCAUGUCUGAUUUACAAUUCCGACUGAACAGAGUGUUUAAAGGAACAGAGAAGACAGUGGGAGAAUAUCCAUAUAUAAAAAUACAGACCCUGAAACGGUCUGUAUGUCAAAGUGGAAUGAUAGUCAAAUUGAUAGGAAAUGAAAAUGAUUGUGUUGCAGCAAGUAAAUACCUGAAAGCUAAUUCCUGGAUGGCAGGUAUCCACUUCGAAACUUGUAAACAUUUCGAUGGCCUGUUGUUCUUUUUAGGCAGAAAAAAUGUUCAAGAAUAUAUUGAUAGACAGAUUGCUACAAUCGAUGGUACCUGGGCAGUAAUUACAUGCACACAACCACAGAGCAAUGAACUACUUUUAGUAUAUGGGGAAACUACACAUGAUACAAAAAUGAUAAUGAACAUUUUCUUAGAAUCUAUCAAAAUAAGAGAGUACUGCGUCAUAAAUUCAACAGAUACGGAGGAAAUCGUCCACAAGUGGAAGCUACAUGCCGAACAUCUGGAGAAGAGUCUUCAAGGCAAACUUCAUCUUGAUUUACAUACAAACACAAAGAGAAAUGCUGGCUUCGUAAUUUUAACAUUUGUUUACACAUCUGACCUUGAAGAGGAGGAAAGUUUGAAGAUGCUUUUACACGAAGUCGAACUACGAGUACCAGGAAAGGAGUCAAUACAAAUGAAGCCAAAAUAUUUUAUCUGGCUUAAAAAAUGUUAUAUGAUUUUUCUGCAAACAGAGGCCAAGAGAACCAAUGUUAGCAUAGAUUUUGUUAAAGAGAAGAACGAAGUUGCAAUUUCAGGUGUUUCUGAAGCCUUGAUAGAAAUAAGAAAAAUAAUUCAUUCGAUCUGUAUGGAAGAACAGGAAAUAUUGCUUCCUUUUACAGCUUUACCUGCUAACGUUACCGAUUUCCUGCAUGAUUGCCAGUGUUGCUUUGAGUAUAGUCCAUAUGAAAAAUCAAGAUUGUGGAUAAAAGGAAAUACAGGAAUUGUUGUCUACAAAGGCGAGUUUGAACCAAACUGCUUCUAUGCUGAUGUCCAUGUAAAGUCAGUAGAGUCUGGAGAAAGAGAUAUGGUUAUUGAAUGGCUUGACGACGAGAAAACUGCAUUGCUGAAAUCCCCAUUGUGCUCUGAAGGAGGGACAAGAGAGAAAAAUCAAAUUGAAGAAGUUUUGCAAUUGUUAUUUACCGAAGUUAAAGUGCAGAACAAAAAAUAUGUAGCUUUUGACUUGCAAAACGUGGUAUUUUGGCAAGUGCAAACGUUUGUUAAAAGUAUUAUUGACUGUGUCCCCAAACCCCCAGAAGGCCUCAUAAUUUGGAUCAGUCACCCUGAUGAAAAAGCGUUUCAAACUGCCGUAAACUGCCUUAAGGAAGCAGAACUCACUAAGACUGGGCAAACUAUUAAAAGUUCCAAAAUUGAGUUAAAAGUCAUCCAAGGAAGUAUAGCAGAACUACCAGAAAAGGUAGAUGUGAUUGUAAAUACAACGUCAUUAAGUUUAGAUAUGACAAGUGGAGCAGUUUCCACAUCCAUAUUAAAAGCUGCAGGCGAUGAACUGAAAACAGAGAUAGCCCAAUUUCCAGCCAACCGCAAAAGAGGUCAAACAAUUAGGAUCAAUUAUGGGGAUGUUGCCGAGACUUUUGGAUAUAGAUUAAAUUGUGAGAGAAUCUUUCACGGGGCCCUUUAUAAAUGGAAGGAUGAUCAAGAAAAAGCAUUCAACGUUCUUCGAAAAUUUGUGAAGAAGUGCAUAUCUCUGGCAGACGAGAGAAAAUUUAAAACUUUGGCAUUCCCUGCCAUUGGAACCGGGCAGUUAAAGAUUCCUGCAGUUCUGGUAGCAUCUAGUGUGAAAAGUAUAAUUGAAGAGUAUGCAGCAUCAGGCGAUCACAAACAUGUAGAAAAAAUCUUAUUUGUUAUUCAUGAAAAAGAUGAAGAAAAUUUCAAUGUGUUUAGAACUAUCUUGGAGGAGGAAAAUGGGAACACAAUAGAAACGCCUGAAAUUCCAGUGCUUUACAGAUUUUCUGUGUAUGGCGAGAAACAUAAUGUUGUCAGUGCAAUGAAUGUUCUUGAGGGACUGUUUCGAGAAUAUGUUAAAGAAAAAUAUGAAUUGUCGAUGUUUUCUCAAGAGGAAGAAAAGAAAGAUGCACAUCAGCAGGAAAGUGUUCAAGUUCAACCUAUUGUACAAACAAAUGAAAAUGCCAUUUCUCAGCCACCUUCUACGGUUUCCUCCACCGAAGAAAAUAAAUUUGCCUUCUCAUACGAGGACCAACUUUGUCUUCUACUGCAAAGUAAAGAGAAAAUGAUUUUAACGGAGGGAAAUCUUGGACCAGUUUUAAAAGAUGCGAAUUGUGAAAACAUAAUAUGUCCAUUCUUAGAGGAAGAAUGUGCAUUGAUUAAAUUCAAAUCAGCAAAUGUUGCAGAUAAAUUCUUUAGAAGCUUUGUAAAUGAAAAAUACACUUUGCAGAAACUACCUAUCCAGGCAGUAACAAACAUAAAAGCAAAGCUAAGUUCUAAAGUAAUAAGCAUACUAAAAAGGAAAGGAGUUACAUCAGAGGAUUUUAAGAGGAAGACUGGAGCUUAUCUUGGCACUGAUACAUGGACAGUAGGGGGAAGCUUGCUAAUGGUACAGAAUGGAGAGAGAUUUAUUAAAGAGUUGGUAGUGAAAGAGUAUGAAGCACCAAAUUUCUCUAUACAAAAUGUGAAUCCCUGCAAAUAGUCUGGAUUCCACACUAGACACAGAUUUAUCAAGGAAGUAUUCAAUAAAAUGUAGCAUACAUAAAGAAAAAGCACUAAGAGAUCAGGCUCCGGGGCCAUAAAACUGAGACGAGCUCACUUUUGAUCUCAGUCUCACUUUUCCACUA